CUCUCCCCUCACGAACUCGCUUUAUGACUCGCACAUCAAAUAUAAACCAGAUCGUACGAUUCUACUUCUCCAGUUGGAUUCAAUAACAGUAUAACCACAUCGCUAAUUUGGGACGGGAACGCCCAUCUCUUUUGUUGAAUCGAAAUUUCUCGUUUUGUCUCCUUCAGUAUUGUUGUUGGCAUGUUAGAGAUCGAAAUCUGAUUAUCAUGGAUCCCCGACACACUGGAGAGAUUCUAAAGCAUUUGGAUAAGCAGAAUGAGUUGAUGCAGGAUGCCUAUAAAUCAAUGUCUCAUGAAUUGCAUAAACUUCAGGUAGAAGAAGAAAUGUUGAUGCGCAAAUUUUAUGAGCUUAUGACUGCUCACGGUCUAACGAAAAAGAGUGGAGACGUUAAUGUUUCAGAUAAUGGUGAAACUGAACACUCUACUGCCCUUGGUUAAUGCCACAAGCAGCAAACAGCAAUGAGAAAUUUAGGAAUGUCAUAGUUUCUUGGUGUCAUCCUUUGUCAAAGUGUUUCUUACCUGAAAUCCAUUUUAAAUCAUCCACAUGAGUAAUUACUGGAUUUAAUAAUAUAUGUUGGACAAUUUAUGUGCUUGAUGUGUAUAAAAGAAAGCAUUAAGAAUGGACUGUACAUGGGAUCCAGAAAUGGAUGAUGACAUUUUUUUCCUGCGACACUUAGAUUCUGUACGUUGGUAAUUUAUGAGCUUCAUUGUGAAAUAUUAAUUUGCCUAGUCCAACUUGUUUUCUUCC